CUGUGCUGGCACUCGCACCGCGAGUGCAUGCACUGCAGUCUGAGCAGCAUUUCGUCACGAAAGAAGGUCGGCAGUGCGUACGUGUGUAGUGUGAAAGAGGUACUUGUGUGCUUAAAAGCUCGUUACGAAAAGUAGACAAUAACGGGACCAAGUUAACGUAAAUACCGCAACAUUAUGGAAAGUAAGCGAACAGUGAUUGGUGGCUCCAGGCAAACAGCACUCAGUCAGCGUUUGACGGAGAGCAAGAAGAACAAUUACGGCGUGGCCCUCACCUGGAGGGACCUGUCGGUGUACGUCAUGAAGAAAAAGACAAGGGUCUUCUUGUCCUCAUCACAGACUUACACUCGAAUCAUCAAUAAUGUGACGGGAGCCGUGCUGCCUGGAUCACUGGUGGCGCUAAUUGGGGGCAGCGGCGCUGGGAAGAGUACCCUGCUGGCGGCCCUCGCACACCGGUCCCCGGCGGGCACGAUCGUCGACGGCGAGGUGCGCAUGGACGGCCUGGCGCUGGACGACUCUGUGCGCCAGCUGACGGGCUUCCUGCACCAGCACGAGGCGUUCUUCAGCAGCCUCACCGUCAGGGAGCACCUCUCCAUCAUGGCGCACCUCAAGAUGGACCGCGGCGUGCCGCGAGACAUGCGCGAGCUGCGCGUCCAGUCGCUGCUGAAGGCGCUGGGGCUGGCGCACCGCGCCGACACGCUCAUCGGGGAGCCCGGCGCGCGCAAGGUGCUGUCCGGCGGAGAGCGCAAGCGGCUCGCCUUCGCCACCGAGCUGCUGACAGACCCGGAGAUGCUGUUCUGCGACGAGCCGACAACCGGGCUCGAUGCGGUGUCUGCGCACACGCUGGUGGAGGUGAUGCGCGACAUGGCGGCCCACGGCAAGACCAUCCUCUGCUCCAUCCAUCAGCCCUCCUCGGAGAUCUUCGAGAUGUUCGACAACAUCAUCCUUCUGGCCGACGGUGGCCGCAUCGCCUUUAUGGGGACCGUCGCCGCUGGCUUGGAAUUCUUUGGCAGGCUGGGCUUCCGGUGUCCGCCGACGUUCAACCCCGCGGACUUCCUGGUGCGGACGCUGGCGGUGACGCCGGGACAGGAGGAGGACUGCCGGCUCAACAUCCGCCGGCUGUGCGACCACUUCGCCGUCAGCGAAGCCGCCCAGGACGUCGACGUGCUGGUGCGAGUCUCCGCCACCUCGGACCUCGUCGUGGAGCCCGCACGCAGGAUCAACAUGUUCAAGCCUGCGUCCUGGGCCACAAAGCUGCGGCUGCUGACGUGGCGCGCGUGGCUGCAGGUGUUCAGGGACCCCACCCUCCAGUGGAUCAGGAUAGGCCAGAAAGUCGCUAUCGCGCUGAUGGCGGGCCUCUGCUACCUGGGCACGGAUACGCUGACGCAGCGCGGCAUCCAGGCGGUGCAGGGCGCCCUCUUCCUGCUGGUCUCGGAGAACGUCUUCUCGCCCAUGUACGCCGCCAUCUCAGCCUUCCACGCCGAAAUGCCGCUAUUCAGGCGGGAGCACGGCGGUGGUCUCUACUCUACCCUUCAUUAUUACCUAGCCAAGGUCUUCGCUGAGCUGCCGGGUCAGGUGCUGGAGCCGGUGCUGUUCGUGGUGGUGGCGUACUGGCUGGUCGGCCUGCGGAACACCGUCUAUGCCUUCACCAUGACCGCCCUGAUAGCCGUGCUCACUCAGAACGUCUCCACCGCCUGUGGCUGGUUCUUCGCUGCGGCCUUCGAGUCGGUGUCCAUCGCCAUGACGUAUCUGGUGCCCUUCGACUACGUUCUGAUGAUCACCUCCGGCGUCUUCAUUAAACUUGGGUCCAUUCCUAUGCUGGUGGGAUGGAUGAAGUACCUGUCGUGGCUCAUGUACUCCAACGAGGCAUUCUCCAUCAUCCAGUGGCAAGGCAUUACCAACAUCACAUGCGAGUUGCCCGCUGGUGCGAUGGGUGCCGGAUGUGCCACGGACGGCGCGGAGGUGCUGUCGCAGUACAGCUUCGCCGAGGGCCACUUCCUCUACGACAUCGGCAUCAUGCUGGCGCUGUUCUUCAUCUUCCACCUGCUGGCUUACGCUUGCCUGAGGGCGCGUGCUAACACUAAGUGACUACGAAACCAGCAUCAGUGCUGCCGCUCCACUUCACAUCCGUGUGCCAUGACUACAAAGACACAACUCAUCCCAUGUACAGAUAAUUUAUUAGAAUCAAUAAACUGUUUUGUGUUAUGUUGUAAUACUUGCGAACUCAACACAUUAUUUAAGCCCCCUCCAUACAUGACAUGUUGUGCACCUGGGAUGUCGUACAAAGUCGUUUCGUGGAACCUAAUACAGUUCGCACUCGAAAAGGGACGGUACUGUUAGAUGGUGUAAAUCCCUGAAUGUUUUGCUGGAUGGUAAUGCAGUCGCGCAUACGGCGCCACUCUUAGAGAUGGAGGCUGCAGCUGACGUACGCGGUCUCGGAGGACAGGGAAAGUUGCCUGUUAUUACAUUCUGGCGUCUCUCUGUUACCUUCCGUUUGUGCGGUUAAGAUUCGAAUUUACAGGAAGAUGCGCUGUGCAUUAUUAUUACACGUGUGUGACAAGUGAAACGAAAAAUACAGUGGAGUUGGACAAUGUGUGAGAAGUGUAUGCUUGAAUAUAAAAGCAGAUGCUAGCCGUCUGUAGGUUGCACCACUGUAUUUGACCACAGAUGGCACCUCAGCAAUGUCCUCGUCACACAACAAGUGUCAGUCGUAGUCAGGACUAUGUUCUGUCUAGUCGCGAGUGCAUAAUGUCGGAGCUAAGUGAAUUCGAACAUGGGCAAAUUGUGGGUGACUCCAUAAUCAAAGUAGCUGAGUCUUGGUGCUCAAAGAGGCACCGCAUCGAAGAUUUAUACCGCAUACAGGGAAAGGGGAAAAAGAUCAUCCGCUAAGUCACAACGCGAAAGAAAGUAUGUGUUGAGUGAUCCUGAUGGACGGCUAUUGAAGAGGAUUGUGACGAAAAAGAAGAGGACGACAGCUGCAAAAGUCACUAUAGAGCUGAAUGUCGCACUCGCGAACCCUGUCUGCACCAAUAUAGCUCGAACAGUGUUCCGUAGGCAGAGAACUACAGGGCAAGUAGGAAUUUUAAAAUUACUCCAUCAUCAGAGAUGCGAACGCCGGUAAUAGGAAAAUGUGGCGAGAAGCCAUAAAUCUUGGAAUAAGGAGUCAUGGAAAAAAGUAAUUUUAUCGGAAAAGUCUUGUUUCACACUAUUUCCAGGUUGUGACCGCGUUCAAGUCCAAAGAGCAAAACAUGCCAAGGUUUCAGUGACGAUUUGUGCAGCCAUGUCGUGGCAAAGCAUAGGCUGCAGCGUCACAUUACUGCCGAGGACUACGUGACCAUAUUGGUUUGUCACGUUGCCCCUGGCCCCCACAGUCAUUAGAUCUCUAUACAAGUCGAUGUGUGUAUGUUUGUAUGUCCCAAAACCCUUGCGUUGAGAAUUAUUGAAACUAUCUCCACGCACAAAAAUUUCGCCACAUAAAAAAGAAGCCAGGUGUGAAGCACUCAAAGAAAAUAUUUAUUUGUGAACUCUGCGCAAGGCUGAUUAUGAAGUAAACUCUUCAAUGUCUUCACUCGAAACUGACAUUCAAAUUCGCGCUUCUCCGCUAGACCAGAAUAAUAAAACUUUUGCAGAAGUAACUCUUCAAGCUUUCCCGGUGGAUGUGUUGUAAAUAGUCUUCACGGGAUUGCCGCCGGAUCACGUUGUGCAAAUUCCACAUUGUUUCCUCGGAGCAACAGUCCGACAUCUUCAGGUGGUUCCACCUCCAACCUUGCUGGUGGCUAGGUACGACUGUCGGACAGUUGCUCCGAGGAAAUAUUGUGGAAUUUGCACAACGUGAUCCGGUGGCAGACCUAUGAAGAUUAUUUACUUUUGCAGAACUUUUCAAGAUAAAACCAUUACUAAGUUCAUAAGGUUUCCGUGCAGCAAUUCGGAAAAUUAAUUAUUAUUUUCAUGGACAAAUUAUUCCUAUUAGUAGAAAGGAAAAGGGAAUAUAGACCAAAUGUGAAUAAUAAAAGAUAGGGAAGUACGUUUAUUUCAAACCUUGUGCACGAUCUGUGGCAUAAUUACGAAGUUUUUUUCCUGAACUGGAUAUGAGAAAUCAGAAUAAGAGAUUUUUUCCCAUAUACUUCGUAAGUUGGCUUUCAUCUUCACCGACUCAAAUAAUUUACAAAUUUUGUUGACUAGAGGCUCUAAAACUGGGCAUUGUAAAUUAGUAACAACAUCUCGCCAAUCGGUACCACAUCUUAGUGUUGCGUUUUCCCUGCUAGAAAACAGGACUCGUUAUACAAGGCAUAAUAAAGUCGAAAGUGUGGACUGGAGGAUUUAUAAUAUAACAGCACUUACGUAACACGAAGUAAGUUAAUAUAUAGUGAAAUCACUACACCUAUAGCCCAUGAAGCUUACAUUGCGGAGGCUGAAGACGGAAAGACAAGUGCGAACAUCCAGGCGUCUCGUAGCUGCUCUGUAAAAGAAAUUUGGAGACUGCGCCUUCUUUUAUAACACAGGUACGCAAAUAUGAACAUCAACUCUUGAUCGCAAAAAAUUUUUAGACAAAUUUUUACACAAAAUACAGUUUUGUAAAAGGGGUAUUACAAUACCUCCUGAGUGACUACGAUACUAUUCGCCACUUCGUUGCGAGUAAUCAUUCAGCCUUUACACAUCGAAAAGAAAAGUUAAUAUGUAAAUGUCUUUUUCUUAGUUAAUAUGUAAAUGUCUUUUUCUUGUUCAAUAAAAAACAAUUUCAUUAAA